AUGGGCGUCGAGCUGCGAUGCGCAGCGGAGGUUCGUCCUCCGGCAGGGUCUCGCAAGCUGAGAAGGAGUUCGACACAUCCGACAUUCCGACUCCUCGGAAUCGGAAGCCUUGCUAAGAGUAAACCACCGCUAAGAUUCACCACCGUCUUGGCAAAAUGUCGCAAGUACCCUGCACACUGGGCCCUGCCGUCUCAGACGUCGGACGGUAUGGCGACCGGUGAGAGGCGAUCAGAUCUCAGGUUGCUCAGGACGUCAUUGAUUCUGGACCAAGGCGACACACUCACGACUCGCCAUGGAGACUGUCUCAGACUGUGUACUUACAACGCGAGAACAGUUUCUACAGACGCUGACCUGCAUGCCCUUCUCGGAGCUGCAGAGCGUAUCAAAUUUCACGUGAUUGCUCUGCAGGAGACCAAGUGCAGAAGGAGCGACGUACGACAGAUGAAUGACGGUACACUCGUCAUUCGUGGAGAGAAGGUUCCGUCGCGAAAUGUAGGCGGUGCUGCAUCAACAGCUGAUGAAUCCGAAUUGGACGCGUUUUACGAGGAGCUGGAGGAAGUAGUCCGCAACGAGAAGUCCUUCUACAAAUUCGUUGUCGGAGACUUCAACGCAAAACUAGGAAAGGCCACAGAAGAGGAAUACAGGAUUGGAAGAUUUGGACCAGGGGACCAAAAUGAAAAUGGCAAUCGUCUCGCUGAGCUGUUGUCCGCCGCUCGCCUCUUUCAUGCGAACUCUCUUUUCAUGAAAAAAGAUCAUCGUCGUGGUUCUGAUCACCGUCUAGUUCGUGCGAAAAUACGUCUUAGCCACACGAUGGAAAAGAACAUCUGCUAUCGGCAACGAAGGAGAAAAGAAGUCGUCUACGACGAUUGCGUACUCGAGGACUCCCUGUCCCAAGGUGACUGGCACAUCGAGGAGGACCCAAACGUGGACUACGAGAUGCUGCUCAGAGGAUUACGAGCCUGUGCUGAACGUGCCUCGAAGUCGCGCACGACAAACUUGGAUCGAAUUUCGAAGACCACCAAGGAAUUGUUAGGAAGAAGAAGGGCUUUGAGGCUUGAUCCGAAUGCAUCGCACAUUGAGCGGUUAGUAGCAAACACUAGCUGCAGAAAAGCGUUGCAGGAGGAUCUUUUGAAGUACAGGCAGAAGAAGAUUCUAGAAGCAGCACAAAGAAGAACGAGUCUAAAGAAGUGCCGCAGGGACCUCCGCGAAUAUAAUAUUCCGCUAGCAACCUUGCUGAGCGAAGACGGGACUCGCACGUCUUCUCGUCGUGAGAUGGAAAUCAUUACGGAGAGGUUCUACUCGAACCUUUUCCGUUCAUCAACUCCUGUGUCAAGCCCGAUCAUCCCCACUGGCGAAGCUUUACCACGGAUUCUCCCUUCGGAAAAAGAAAGGAUCCCAGACCAGUGGAAGACCUCGCGAACCGUUCUUAUCCAUAAGAAAGGUGACCGAGAGGACCUUCGGAACUACCCUCCGAUAUGCUUACUGAGCAUGUUAUACAAAGUAUUCACCAAGAUCAUCCUCACCCGCAUAUCUAGGACGCUGGAUGAAGCCCAGCCUCAAGAACAAGCUGGAUUCCGCAAGGGGUUCAGCUGCUUGGACCACAUCCAGACCGUGUCGAGGGUCAUAGAGGUUUGCCGGGAAUACCGCCUGCCCCUUGUUCUAACCUUCGUCGACUAUGAGAAAGCCUUUGACAGCGUAGAAACGAAUGCAAUGCUAUCAGCGCUGGUCGAUCAAGAUGUGGACGCGUCGUAUGUGAGGGCAUUAGCCAAUUGCUACGAUCGAUGCACGACUAGGAUACAGCUUUUUCACCGCCCUCUCACCAUACUCAUUGGAAAGGGGGUACGACAAGGCGAUACUAUAUCGCCGAAGCUGUUCACAGCUGCAUUGCAAUGGAUAAUGAAAUCACUGGGAAGAAAGGGGCAUACGUGUUGA